UUUACUCAAGCUUAACCUAAGUUUAAUUCAUUUUACCAUUUUGGAGUAAGAUUUUCUGGUCUCUUUCGUUUCCACAGAAAUAUUUUCCUCUUCUAUUUCAAAUUUCAGAUUUUCGUUCUCUAUUUUUCCUUACUUUCAUUUUGCUCAGCAACAGCUAAGGAAUCUUCAGUCAAAGACCAGAAACGAGCAAUCUCCCAACACAACGAAAGAUUAGGAGAAAUAGUUUUGAACGAACAAACGGCAAAUAUCGAUUUGCGAGUACAAAUACAGGGUGACAAUUACUAGCAAUGUGAAGCGAGCGUCUUAUACAAACUCAAAAUGCUCCAUACAUUCAAACAAAAAAAUUAAAUAAGACAAACGAAAGUGAGGACACAAUAAUUUUCUAAAUUUACGAUAUAUAUGUAUAUAUAGUCCGCCAAAUGUAGAGAGAGACCUACAAUCCAAAUGCGGCGCUUCAGACGGUCAGAGCGGCGGCGACGAGGCCGGCGACGAAAGAUCCGGCGAUGGCAAAUCCAUUGGAGACGGCGCCGUUCUCGGAUGGUCCAGGAGCCUCGGCCGGAGGGGAAGAGAUGGAGGAUGGAGGGACGGCAGGCGACGGAGAAGACGGUGACGUUGGAGUAGGAGACGGCGGGGAGCUCACGACGGAGGCCGGGGACGGAGCAGCGGCAGGUGGAGUUUUCGACGAAGGAGGAGACGAAGCGUUGGGAGUGGCUGAUUUAGGCGCAGCAGCAGCGGGCUUAGGAGACGACGCCGGAGAUUGUGCGGCGGCGGAGAAGACAAGCAUGGCGACGAAGAUCAAAACGAGUGUGGAAGAAUGAGCCAUUCUCAGAGGUUGAGAGAUAUGAGCUAUAGUGAGAGUCAGUGAAACUGAAAUUGUGAAAGUGUGUGUGU